CACUUGAUUCUUACUAUUAGUGCCGGAAAAUUGUGAAGCGGUGUUUUUAUAUCCCAUUUUACAUCUUUUAAAUAUGAGAGUUGAAGCUUUGGAAAAGAUUUGGGUUGAUAAAACUCGCUAUGACAAUGCGGAAAAACAGUACUAUGAAGGCUUGUCUAAUGCCACGAAGACAAAUAACUGCAGCCCAUUGGUAAACGAAAUUGUUAAAGCAAGAGAGCACAUACAAAAUUCGUUGGAACAGCUGGACGGAAUGAAAUUAGAACCUUGCGCAAAUACCGAAGUCUUAAGUAGAAUUGCAUCUCUUGAAGCAGAAGCCAAGGAGUUUAAACAAUCAUUCCAGGCUAUUUUGAAUCGCCUUACACAGUUGGAGAAUCAUUUCAAGACAUCAAAUAACAAAGAAGACAAUGCCAAUGUCAAUGAGAAAGUCAAAGACAAUGAUGAUGAUGAUAAUGAUAGCGUUGACUUGUUUGGCUCAGAUAGCGAGGAAGAAGAUGCUGAACAUAUUCGGAUAAGAGAAGAACGUUUGGCCAAAUACGCUGAGAAGAAAGCAACAAAAACUGUCAUUAUUGCCAAAUCGAGCAUUCUUCUGGAUGUGAAGCCAUGGGAUGAUGAAACCGACCUAAAAGUCAUGGAAGCUGAGAUUCGUAAAAUCACUUUAGAUGGUCUCCUAUGGGGCGCAUCCAAAUUUGUUCCCGUCGCAUUUGGAAUUCAAAAGUUGACCAUUUCGUGUGUGGUGGAGGAUGAGAAAGUUUCGUUGGAUUGGUUAACUGAGGAAAUUGAGAAAAUUGAUGAGUUGGUACAGAGUGUUGAUAUUGCUGCAUUCAAUAAAAUUUAAGUUGUAAUAAAUGAUUUAAAAGAACACUCAAUUUAAUGUGUAUACAA